AUGUCAUCUAUUAUAUAACCAGACUUCACAAACCAUUUAGCUCAAGCCCUUGAUUGUAGUGAAAAGCGUUUGUGCAUGAACAAUGAGUGUAGGCUUUCUAGCUAUGUGGAGAAAGAACUUGAAUAUGGCUUCGAUAUUUAAGUUAUGCGCAGUCUUGGUAUGCGUUACUGCAUGUGUAAUAAAUGUGACAGCAGCGACAUCUAGUUUGGAUGAUGAACAUAGGAAGCUGGAACUCUUGGCCAAGAAAAAUGAGUGGAGAUCAGUUGUUUCCACAGAAAAUGGGAAGAUCUCGGAUGUGGAAAUCGGAGAUGGAUUUAACAGAACCUACUAUCUUCAGCACAUUGAAAUGGACCCCAACUCUCUGUUUCUGCCUGUUAUUUUACAUACAGACAUGACAUUUUAUGUUCAUUCAGGUAGGGGAAGAGUGAGUUGGUUUGAUGUAGAUGGAGAAACGAAUGGAGACAAGCAUAAAGACAAGGAUAAGAGCCAAGGGAUGAGGAUUCAAAGAGGAGAUGUUUACAGGUUCAAGCCUGGAACUAUUUUCUACAUUAGGAGCAGCUUAGAUGAUGAAAGACGGAAGCUUCGAAUAUAUGCCAUUUUUGCCAAUUCAGAGGGAGACUUGGGAGUGCCUGUGGUUUGGCCAUACUCUGGUGUUCGUGAUCUUGUUCUCGGCUUCGAUAAGAAAGUCCUCCAAGCAGCUUUCCAGAUGCCUGAGGAAGCAGUUGAAGAAAUAACGAGUGCUAAGAAGCCACCUCAAAUAGUGCAUGCAGCACAAAACUCGAGUAGCAGGACAUUCUGGGAAGUCGAAGCUCAGUUUAUAGAAGUUUUUCUCGGAAGGAAUAUGUACAGCCUGUUUGAAGUGAAUAAAAAGAAGAAAUCGACUGGGGUUUACAAUUUUUUUGAUGGAGAUCGAGAUGUUGAGAACUGUAAUGGAUGGAGUAAAGCAGUAUCAAGUGAAGAGUUGCCAUCUCUCCGAGGAUCGAACAUUGGUUUGUUCAUGGUUAAUUUGAGCAAGGGGGCAAUGAUGGGGCCACAUUGGAAUCCGUCUGCAACAGAGAUAGCGAUCGUAUUAGAAGGACAAGGAAUGGUUAAUAUUGUUUGCCUGGGAACUGGAAGAAAAGAAUGCAAUAACACAAGGUUCAUGGUUGAAGAGGGGUAUGCAUUUGUUGUGCCAAGACAUCAUCCUAUGGCUCAAAUGGCCUUCAACAAUGGCUCAUUUGUUUUUGUGGGGUUCACGACGAGGGAUAAGACCAAUCAUCCUCAAUUUAUCGCAGGAAAAAGAUCAGUUCUACAAACUCUUCAGAAGCAAGUGUUGGAAGUAGCAUUCAAUGCUAGCAAUUCAACAGUUAGUCGGCUUCUGGACCCACAAAAUGAUUCGAUAAUAUUAGAAUGUGUAUCUUGUGCAGAGGAAGAAGAGAAGAUAAUGGAGGAAGAAAUUGAGAAAGCGAGAGAGGAAGAAAGGAAGAGACAGGAAGAAGAGAGGAAGAAAGAGGAAGAGGAAGAGAGAAAAAGGGAAGAGGAGGCCGCUAAGAAAAGAGAGGAAGAGAGAAGGAAGCGAGAAGAGGAGGAGGAGAAGAGAAAGGAGGAAGAGGAAGCGAGGAGAAGAGAGGAAGAGAAGAAGAAAAAGGAGGAAGAGGAGGCCGCUAAGAAAAGAGAGGAAGAGAAAAGGAAGCGAGAAGAGGAGGAGAAGAGAAAGGAGGAAGAGGAAGAGGAAAGGAGACGAGAGGAAGAGAAGAAGAAAAAGGAGGAAGAGGAUGCGAGGAAAAGAGAGGAAGAGAAAAGGAGACAAGAGGAGGAAGAGAGGGAGAGGAGAAGACAAGAAGAGGCUGCAAGGAAAGCAGAGGAAGCUAGGAGAAGAGAAGAGGAAGAAAUGAAGAGAAAGAAAGAAGAGGAAGCAAGAAAAAGGGAGGAAGAAGAAGAAGCAGCAGCGAGGAAGAGGGAGGAAGAAAGGGAGAGGAAAAGAGAAGAGGAGCAAGCCAGGAGAGAGGAGGAGGCUAAGAAGAGAGAGGAAGAAGAAGCUCGGAGGAAAGAGAAGGAACGAGCACAAGAAGAGGAAGCUAGAAAGAGAGAGAAAGAGAAGGCUCAAGAGGAAGAACAAAGGAGGCAGGAGGAAGAACAAAUACAACAGGAGGAAACAAGGAGACAACAAGAAGCUGCUAAAGAAGCAGAAGCAGCAAGAAAGGCAAAGGAGGAUGAACAAGCGAAACAGAGAAAGGAGCAGGAGGAAGCUGAAAAAAGAGAACCAGAGAAGGCCCGAGAGGAAGAAAGCAGGAGGCAAGAUGAAGAACAAGCACAGCAAGAGGAACUAAAGAGGCAACAAGCUGCAAGGAGGGCUAGAGAGGCAGAAGCAAAACACAGAGAGGAGGAAGCUGGGAGUGCAGGAAAAAAGAAGUCGGAAGAAGAACAGAAACAAGAGGAGAUCGAAUACCGACCUGGAGGCCCGGGAGGAGAAGGAAGAGUUCUGUGAAAAAUGUGAACAGGUGAAAUGAAGGAGUCUGGUUGAUUACUUGGUACUUGAAGGAAUAAGUUUCUUCGUGUUUGUGACGUUGAUUUAUGCAACUGUGGCAUUGUUUUCUUAAAAUAACGAACCAGCUGGAGAAGAAAAGUUGGCAUGUAAAUUAGGUUUCUUCUGAGAAGUCUGGUUGUAACUUAUGUAUGAUCGUAGCUUAUGUAUGAUGUUAAUGUGUAUGGAAUGUGCUUUUUUGUUCAGAA